AUGUCCAAGCGUCACCUCUUUGACUCCCCCGACGGCCUCGUCAACAAGGCCCUCCGCGGCAUCAUCCGCUACAACCCCAGCCUCAGCCUCGACGAGGCCAACCGCGUCGUCUUCGACUCCGACUACGACCGGUCCAAGGUCGUCCUCAUCUCCGGCGGCGGCUCCGGCCACGAGCCCGGCUGGAGCGGUUACGUCGGCCACAACAUGCUCGCCGCCGCCGUCCAGGGUGAUAUAUUUGCCAGCCCCAGCACCAAGCAGAUCCUCGCCGGCGUCGACGCCGUCCCCAGCGACAAGGGCACCAUCCUCGUCAUCACAAACUACACCGGCGACUGCCUGCACUUUGGCCUCGCCAACGAAAAGGCCAACGCAAAGGGCCACCGCUGCCGCACCAUCAUCUGCGGCGAUGACGUCUCCGUCGGCCGCAAGGGCAGCCUGGUCGGCCGCCGCGGCCUCGCCGGCCAGAUUGGCGUGCUGAAGGUCAUGGGCGGCGCGGCAGGCGCGGGCGCCUCGCUCGACGAGGUCUACGACCUGGGUGUCGCCUUCUCCCAGCAGAUCGUCUCCAUCGCCGCGACGCUGGACCACUGCCACGUCCCCGGGCGUGCCGAGCACGCGACGCUCAAGGAGGACGAGGUCGAGCUCGGCACCGGCCCGCACAACGAGCCCGGCUACAAGAAGCUGUCUCCCGCGCCGGCGCCGCAGGAUCUCAUCAAGCAGAUCCUCACCCACUGCCUCGACGAGAACGACCCCGAGCGCGGGUACGUCAAGUUCGCGCCCGGCGACGAGUCUAUGCUGCUCGUGAGCAACUUUGGCGGCAUGUCGCACCUCGAGAUGGGCGCGCUGGUGGACGAGCUCCUCGAGCAGCUCGAGCACGACUGGCGCAUCGACCCGGCGCGCGUGUGUGCAGGCUUCCUCGAGACGUCGCUAAACGCGCCCGCAUUCUCCGUCUCCGUCAUCAACGUCACGGCCGCCGCCCGCGCCUGCAGCUACUCGGCCGACCAGAUCAAGGCCUUCUUCGACGCCCGCACAAACACCUACUGGGAGUCGGUCGCCGGCGCGCAGUCCAAGCGCCGCGCCCGCAGGGACCAGCUCGUGCGGGCGCCGCCGCCGCCGGAGCACAAGACGGUCGACCCGGCACACGACCUCCAGGCGGACCCGGAGCUGCUGGAGGCGAUGCUGCGCACUGCCUGCGACGACCUCGUCGCGGCGGAGCCGGACCUGACGAGGUGGGACACGGUCAUGGGCGACGGCGACUGCGGCGAGACGCUCAAGACGGGCGCAACGGCGCUGCUCGCCGCGCUCGACGCCGGCCUCGCGAAGUCCAGCUCCGUCGUCUCCGUGCUGCUGGAGCUCGAGGACAUUGUGGAGAGCAAGAUGGGCGGCACGCUCGGCGGCAUCCUGGGUAUCUUCUUCGUGUCGCUGCGCGCCGCCGUCGAGAAGGCGGGCGGCGGCGGCGACGGGCCGGUCGCGCUCUGGGGCAAGGCCCUGGGCACUGCACUGGAGAACCUGCGCCGCUACACGCCGGCCAAGGUCGGCGACCGCACCGUCAUGGACACGCUGAUGCCGUUUGCCGAGGCCAUGGGCGCGUCGGCGGGCUUUGACGGCGCUGUCGACGCGGCUGUCAAGGGUGCGGAGGCGACCAAGACGAUGACGCCGCGCCUGGGUCGCGCGACUUAUGUCGGUGGUGGCGGUGGUGGUGAUAACAAGGAGCUGCCUCCGGACCCUGGUGCUUGGGGGGCCAUGGUUGUCAUUGCUGGUCUGCACAAGGCUUUUAUUGCAGGCAGGAAGUAA